UGUGAAAUUCAUUGAGAAAUAGAGUAAUUAGGAAAUGAAUAACAGUUUUUACCGUAAUUAUAAUGUAUUACAAAUGGUUAACACAAAUUAUUUAAUUGAAAUUGUUUUUUUUAAGCAAACUGAAUAA